UGGCGACAGCUGGGAGGAGGCGGGGAGAAGGGACAAUGACAGGGAGGGCCAGGUGAUGCUGCAACUCCUGCAGAGAUGUUCCCGGCUCAGGAGGAGGCCGACAGGACUGUGUUUGUGGGGAAUUUAGAGAGCCGAGUGAGAGAGGAGAUCCUCUAUGAGCUCUUCUUGCAGCUCUUUGUAACUUUAAUCUUAGAACCCAGAUACCUACCAUCCGAACCGGGCCAGUUUGCCUUUGGACCACGUAACCAAGGAGCUGCCAGGGCUUGUGAGGUCCUUACUGAACUCUAUCUUGUCAUAUGCUCCCGGUUUGUUUUCAUGACUAGUUUCUUACAGGCUGGACCAUUAAUCAAGGUGACCAUAUGUAAGGACAAAGAAGGAAAACCCAAAUCUUUUGGAUUUGUCUGCUUUAAGCACACAGAGUCGGUGUCUUAUGCAAUAGCUCUGCUGAAUGGAAUUCGUUUAUAUGGAAGACCAAUAAAUGUGCAAUAUCGCUUUGGGAGUUCCCACUCAUCAGAAUUGAACAGUCAAAGUGUGGAAAACUACUUGGAUGUAAAUUCACAGAGCUACAGGAAUGAGGAGCCAUGGGACCGACCUGCAUUUCCCAUGAAACCCUUUACAGCGAAUGAUUGUACUUUACCUCAGGAAUAUUCUUUCUUUCAAAAGAUGAAAUAUAGUCCAGAAAAACAAGCAUCCUUCUUCAGUAAGGUGACCUAUUCCUGGUUUAGCAGAAUAAUAAUCCUUGGCUAUACAAAGCCCCUGGAACGCGAGGACCUGUUUGAACUCAAUGAAAGUGACUCACCUUACACAAUAGGCCCCAUCUUUGAAAAGCAGUGGAGGAAGGAAGUGUUUAAAAGCAAUGAGAAGCAAAAGGUGAAGCUGGUUUCUCUUGGCAAGGGGACAGCCAUCAGGAAACCAUCUUUGCUUUCUGCACUGUGGACCACCUUCAGAGUUUUACUCACCCAAGUUGCUCUUUUCAAAGUGUUUGCUGAUAUUCUCUCCUUCACUAGUCCACUCAUAAUGAAACAGAUGAUCAUUUUGGUUGAAAAUCGCUCCGACUUAGGUUGGAUUGGAUGCAGCUAUGCGGUUGCUCUUUUUGCAGUGGCCAUUUUGCAAACCCUGGUCCUUCAGUUAUAUCAACGCUUUAACAUCCUUACCUCUGCAAAAAUCAAAACCGCUGUAAUUGGAUUGAUCUACAAAAAGGCCUUGAAUUUAUCUAACUUUUCACGCAAAAAAUUUACAACUGGUGAAGUUGUAAACUUAAUGUCAGCAGAUGCCCAGCAACUUAUGGAUCUAGCAGUAAAUCUCAACCUGUUAUGGUCUGCACCUCUGCAGAUUCUAAUGGCCAUCUUACUGCUGUGGCAAGAGCUUGGACCAUCCGUGCUAGCAGGGGUAGCUGUCCUCAUCUUGGUCAUCCCCAUAAAUGCCUUGGUCGCUACCAGGAUUAAAAAACUGAAGAAAAGUCAACUGAAGAGCACAGAUCAACGGAUCAAACUAGUCAGUGAAAUCUUACACGGAAUAAAGAUUCUCAAGCUUUAUGCAUGGGAACCUUCAUACCAGAAGAAGAUCACAGAGAUCCGGGAGCGUGAACUGAAUGUUCUCAAAUCUGCUGGGUACCUGACCGUAUUUUCCAUGCUGACGCUCACUUGCAUUCCCUUCUUGGUGUCCUUGGCCACUUUUGGAGUGUACUUUUUGCAGAAUGAUGGAAAUAUUUUGACAGCAACCAAAGUUUUCACAUCUAUAUCUUUGUUUAACAUUUUGCGGCUUCCUCUGUUUGAUUUACCAGUGGUGAUCUCUGCCGUGGUUCAGACAAAGAUAUCUUUGGGUCGUCUGGAAGAUUUCUUCAACGCUGAAGAACUUGGUCCUGAGAACAUUGAGACAAACCACACUGGGGAUCACUCCGUGGGGUUUAUUGACGCUUCUUUCCGCUGGGAUAAGACUGGGACUCCUGUCUUAAAUGAUUUGAACAUAAAGAUUCCAGAAGGAGCUUUGGUUGCUGUUGUUGGACAAGUUGGAUCUGGAAAAUCAUCUGUUCUUUCUGCCAUUUUGGGAGAAAUGGAAAAACUUACAGGAACAGUUCAAAGAAAAGGCUCUGUGGCCUAUGUUUCCCAGCAAGCUUGGAUUCAGAAUUCCACAUUGCAGGACAAUAUUCUGUUUGGCUCAGUCAUGGAGCAGCAGUAUUAUGAAAAAGUGUUAGAAGCAUGUGCCCUUCUUCCUGAUUUGGAGCAGUUACCUCAUGGAGAUCAAACUGAGAUUGGAGAAAGGGGUGUUAAUAUAAGUGGGGGUCAGAAGCAGCGGGUCAGCCUGGCCAGAGCUGUUUACAGUGGGGCUGAUAUCUACUUACUAGAUGACCCUUUAUCUGCAGUUGAUGUUCAUGUUGGAAAACACCUUUUUGAGAAAAUAAUUGGGUCGUCGGGUCUUCUAAAAGGCAAGACUCGCAUUUUGGUGACACACAAUCUCACACUUCUGCCUCAGAUGGAUCUGAUCCUUGUAAUGGAAAGAGGCAGAGUGACCCAAACGGGGACUUACCUGGAGCUGCUAUCCAAACCCCAGAACUUCACCAAGUUGCUUCAGGUCUUCAGUGCAGACAGGAAGGAGGAUGUUUCCAUGAAAAUUCAUGCUUCAGAAGGAAUCAGGCAAAUCAAUAGUCAAACUACACUAAAAGACCAAUUUCUAGUGCAGAAAGGCAGUUCCACCUCAGAUCAAGGAAAACAGUUCACCACAAAGAAAGAACCGGUCCCUACUGGAGGGGUGAAAUUUUCCAUCAUCAUAAAAUAUCUACAAGCCUUCGGUUGGCUCUGGGUAUGGCUAAGUGUGGCUACCUACCUCUGUCAGAACGCAGUAGGCAUCGGGCAAAAUUUAUGGCUUAGCACCUGGACAAAAGAGACUAAGGAAAUAGAAGAUUUCACAGAAUGGAAGCAACUAAGAAACAAGAACCUGGGUGUCUAUGGGAUUCUGGGAAUCACUCAAGGCCUGUUGGUUUGCUCUAGUGCCUUCAUGCUCACGCGAGGGGCAUUUGCGGCUUCCCGAACCCUGCACCAGCAGAUGCUGGGCAAUGUGUUGCGCCUCCCCCUCUGCUUCUUUGAAACCAACCCAGUUGGCCAGGUCAUCAAUCGCUUCACCAAGGACAUCUUUAUAGUGGAUGUGCGUUUCCAUUAUUACUUACGGACCUGGCUGAACUGCACCCUCGAUGUCGCCGGGACAAUUCUUGUGAUCGUGGGUGCCUUACCCUUCUUCAUUCUGGUGGUUAUACCCCUCAUAUUUCUCUAUUUCACGAUCCAAAGAUAUUACAUAGCCAGUUCUCGGCAGAUCCGGAGACUAGCAGGUGCCUCGCGCUCUCCAGUCAUCUCUCACUUCAGCGAGACCCUCGCUGGAGUGUCCACCAUCAGAGCAUUUGGACAUCAGCAGCGGUUCAUCAGCCACAGCAGAGAUGUAGUGAAUGAGAACUUGGUUUGCCUCUACAACAAUGUGAUUUCAAAUCGGUGGCUCUCCGUCAGACUUGAAUUCCUGGGGAACAUGAUGGUCCUUUCAGCUGCCAUGCUUGCCAUGAUGGCCGGAGAUAAAAUGGACUCAGCCACAGUCGGCCUAACCAUAUCCUACGCUCUAAAUAUCACACAGUCUCUAAAUUUCUGGGUACGGAAAGCCUGUGAGAUUGAAACUAAUGCUGUGUGUAUUGAACGAGUAUGUGAAUAUGCAAAAAUGGAUAAAGAGGCCCCCUGGAUCAUGCCAAGAAGACCUCCCCCUCAGUGGCCCACCAAAGGGGUUGUGGAGUUUGUCGGUUUUCAGGCACGCUACCGGUCAGACCUCAGCUUGGCACUGCAGGAUGUCUCCUUUCAGACUCACAGUGGAGAAAAGGUUGGAAUUGUGGGCAGGACUGGAGCUGGUAAAUCAACACUCACUAAUUGCUUGUUUAGAAUUGUAGAGAGAGCCGGAGGCAAAAUCGUUAUUGACGGAAUUGACAUAUCAACUAUCGGACUGCACGAUCUACGGGGCCAGCUCAACAUUAUUCCCCAGGACCCUGUUUUAUUUUCUGGGACCAUCCAGAUGAACCUGGACCCUCUUGAGAAGUACUCGGACAGUGACCUGUGGGAGGCUCUUGAAUUGUGCCACCUGAAGGAUUUUGUGCAGGCCCUUCCCAAGAAGCUGAGCCAUGAGAUUGUAGAGGGAGGCGAGAACCUCAGUGUCGGACAGCGGCAGCUUAUAUGUCUGGCUCGAGCACUGCUACGCAAAACUAAAAUUCUGAUCUUAGAUGAAGCCACGGCCUCCAUAGACUUUGAGAUGGAUAAUUUGGUGCAGAGCACAAUCCGGAAGGAGUUCGUUGACUGCACAGUACUGACCAUAGCCCACAGGCUCCACACCAUUAUGGAUUCCCAACGGGUCCUGGUCCUAGAAUCGGGCAAGAUCGUGGAAUUUGACACCCCUCAUGCUUUGAUGCAGCGGAGAGGAGUUUUUUCUAAAAUGGUAACAGAGUCAGAGAUUACUGGUGAUUCUGAGACAAACACUAAUGGGUUUUAGAAAGUCUUCUAUAUUUUGUUAUCACACAUUUACUGAUGCUGAAAUAGCUGAUUGCUUUGCCAAGCACUACCAGCAGGGCAGAAAGGCGUGUGUCAGCUGCACUUUGUGGCCUUCUGCUCCUUUUUUAGGAGAACUUUAGUCUGUGAUGGGUAAUAGAAACCAAGUCCGUUUGAGUAGGCAAAGAAAUAUGUGGUCAAUACUGGUCUGAAUCAUGUCUAUCAACUGUAUUGCAUUUAGUAGUGCUCAAUAAAUGCCCCUGAAAGAA